GUUUGAUUUCCAUCACCCCUAGGGAGAGAGGAUCGGGGACCCGCUGAUCUUCCAGCUCCCCUCACCCAACGUCGUAGAGGCCUUGUCGUCCUUGGUGGAUAUGUGCGUGGUGGACACAUGACUGCUCUCCAGCCCACUGCUCUAGGUGUCCCAAACCUGGGCUGAGCUUAGGGACGAUGGAUUCCAAAGACGAAAGCUCGCACGUGUGGCCCAGGUCUGCAGAGCACGAAGGCAGCGCUGCACAGGUGCACUUUGUUCCAGACGCGGGGACUGUGGCUCAAAUCGUCUACACCGAUGACCAGGUCCGUCCACCCCAGCAGGUGGUGUACACAGCAGAUGGCACCUCCUACACCUCAGUGGACGGCCCAGAGCACACCUUGGUGUACAUCCACCCUGUGGAAGCUGCUCAGACUCUGUUUACAGACCCAGGCCAGGUAGCUUAUGUCCAACAGGAAGCUGCUACUCAGCAGGCCGCAUUACCAGUGCAUAACCAGGUGUUACCGUCGAUUGAGAGCGUGGAUGGUUCCGACCCUUUGGCAACUCUGCAGAAUCCUAUGAGUAGAUUGGAGGCCAAAGAGGAGGAAGAGGAAGAGGAAGAGGAGGAUACUGAGGAAGACGAGGAGGAAGAUGGUGAAGACACAGACUUGGAUGACUGGGAACCAGACCCACCUCGACCCUUUGACCCACAUGACCUAUGGUGUGAGGAGUGUAACAAUGCACAUUCUUCAGUCUGUCCGAAGCAUGGCCCUUUACACCCCAUCCCCAACAGGCCGGUCCUCACCAGAGCCAGAGCCAGCCUCCCCCUGGUCCUCUACAUUGACAGGUUUCUUGGGGGCGUGUUCUCCAAAAGACGCAUUCCCAAACGCACCCAGUUUGGCCCCGUGGAGGGACCCCUCGUCAGGGAGUCUGAGCUGAAAGACUGUUAUAUUCAUCUCAAGGUUUCUCUUGAUAAAGGAGACAGGAAAGACAGGGACUUACAUGAAGACCUGUGGUUUGAGUUGUCUGAUGAGACCCUUUGUAACUGGAUGAUGUUUGUUCGUCCAGCCCAGAAUCACCUGGAGCAGAACCUGGUGGCUUACCAAUAUGGCCACCAUGUAUAUUACACAACAAUAAAGAAUGUAGAACCCAAGCAAGAACUGAAGGUUUGGUAUGCUGCCUCCUAUGCUGAGUUUGUGAACCAGAAAAUUCAUGACAUUUCUGAGGAAGAAAGGAAAGUUCUUCGAGAGCAAGAAAAGAAUUGGCCCUGUUAUGAAUGUAACCGCCGAUUUGUAAGCUCAGAACAAUUGCAGCAGCAUCUUAAUUCUCAUGAUGAGAAACUGGAUGUGUUUAGCAGAACAAGAGGCCGAGGAAGGGGACGAGGCAAGAGGCGAUUUGGCCCAGGUCGAAGGCCAGGGCGUCCCCCCAAAUUUAUCCGCUUGGAAAUAACCAGUGAAAAUGGGGAAAAGUGUGAUGAUGGGACACAGGACUUGCUACAUUUUUCUACCAAGGAGCAAUUUGAUGAGACUGAACCCGCUACUCUGAAUGGGUUGGAUCAACCAGAACAGACCACCCUCCCAAUCCCUCAGCUGACUCAGGAGACCUCAUCUUCUCUGGAGCAGGAGCCAGAAGCUCACAGCCUGCAUCUACAGCCACAGCAUGAGGAGAGUGUGCUACCCACACAGAGCUCCCUGACUGCCGAUGACAUGCGCAGGGCCAAACGCAUCCGAUUGGAGCUGCAGAAUGCAGCUCUUCAGCAUCUAUUUAUUCGGAAGUCCUUCCGGCCUUUUAAAUGUUUACAGUGUGGAAAGGCCUUCCGUGAAAAGGACAAGCUGGACCAGCACUUGCGCUUCCACGGGCGAGAGGGGAACUGCCCUUUGACCUGCGACCUCUGCAACAAGGGUUUCAUCAGUAGCGCAUCCCUGGAGAACCACAUGAAGCUCCAUUCUGAUCAGAAGACUUACUCUUGCAUUUUUUGCUCAGACUCCUUCGAUCGCCUUGAUUUAUUGAAAGAUCACGUGGCCAUUCAUAUCAACGAUGGUUGCUUUACCUGUCCAACUUGCAAGAAACGGUUCCCAGAUUUUAUCCAGCGAAAAGAUAAACUACGGGAACAUAUGCAGAGGAUGCACAAUCCUGAGAGGGAAGCCAAGAAAGCCGACCGCAUCAGCCGCUCCAAGACCUUCAAGCCUCGAAUCACGUCCACCGACUACGACAGCUUCACGUUCAAGUGCCGCCUGUGCAUGAUGGGCUUCCGGAGGCGGGGCAUGCUGGUAAAUCACUUGUCAAAGAGGCACCCAGACAUGAAGAUAGAAGAGGUGCCAGAGUUAACCCUGCCCAUCAUAAAGCCCAACCGAGAUUACUUCUGUCAGUAUUGUGAUAAGGUAUAUAAAAGUGCCAGCAAGCGAAAAGCUCAUAUUCUGAAGAACCACCCAGGAGCUGAGCUCCCACCAAGCAUUCGGAAACUUCGCCCUGCUGGCCCGGGAGAGCCAGACCCCAUGCUGAGCACCCACACCCAGCUCACGGGCACAAUCGCCACCCCUCCUGUCUGCUGCCCUCACUGCUCCAAACAGUACAGCAGCAAGACCAAAAUGGUGCAGCAUAUUCGAAAGAAGCAUACUGAGUUUGCUCAGCUCCCUAACACCUUACAUACGCCACUGACAACAGCUGUGAUUAGUGCUACCCCUGCCGUUUUAACUACAGACAGUGCCACUGGAGAGACUGUGGUGACGACAGACCUGCUCACCCAAGCCAUGACGGAACUGUCCCAGACCUUAACAACAGAUUACCGAACACCACAAGGGGACUACCAGAGAAUCCAGUACAUCCCCGUGUCACAGUCCACGUCUGGUCUUCAGCAACCUCAGCACAUACAGCUUCAAGUGGUACAGGUGGCCCCGGCCACGUCCCCUCACCAGUCUCAGCAGUCCACGGUGGAUGUCGGCCAGCUCCACGAUCCUCAGACCUACACCCAGCAUGCCAUCCAGGUGCAGCACAUUCAGGUCACGGAGCCUGCCCCCUCGGCACCGUCUUCAUCCCAGGUAACGGGGCAGCCGCUCAGCCCCUCCUCUCAGCAGUCUCAGCAGGGGCUCAGCCCCUCCCAGAUACAAGGCAGUGCUUCUGCACAAGGCCAGGCUCUCCAGCCGCAGCAGCCUCAGCCGCAGCAGCAGCAAGGCGCCUCUGUACAGCACACGUACCUCCCCAACGCUUGGAACUCCUUCCGGGGCUACUCAUCCGAGAUUCAAAUGAUGACACUCCCCCCUGGUCAGUUUGUAAUUACGGAUAGUGGUGUGGCAACUCCUGUCACCACUAGCCAAGUGAAGGCGGUCACUUCGGGUCAUUAUGUGUUAUCAGAAAGUCAACCAGAAUUGGAAGAAAAACAAACUUCUGCCCUCUCUGGGGGAGUCCAGGUUCAGCCAACCGCACACAGUGAUUUGGACCAGGCCGCCAGCCAGCAGCAGCCUACACAGUACAUCAUCACGACCACCACCAAUGGGAAUGGGAGCAGUGAAGUACAUAUCACUAAACCCUAACCUCGUCCCUGAACUAGUCAAGCAGUCACGUCGUGUCUCUUCUUGUUCAUACCUGAAAGCUUCUGACACUUAGAACCCUUUUUAAAGAUUUAUCUUUCACUCAAGAGUUUGGAAAUCAGUUUCAACACACAUACACCAGGGCUUAUUUUACCACGGUCAUCUUCAUCAAGUUGACACUUCUGACCCAGAAGUUUCUACCACGGGAUGGAGAUCUUUCAGGGGCAACUAAAUUUCAAGACGGAGAGACUUUGUCUUACUCAUAAGUUGUUGUUAUUGUUGUUGUUUUUUAAAACACAUUGAUAAGCCUUACUUUUCCUUUGUGGAAAUAUUAAGUGGUGUAUUGUGUUUGUACCAAAGGUGAGGAAAGGAUGUGCCAAGUCCAUGGUCAAGGACUUCUUAAUUCCAAGCCCUAGCACCAAAGGAGAAGGGGCUUUUUAAUGGGUGUGUCUUAGGUCAGAACUACUUCAUCUUGUGAAGUUUGAGUUUUCAGUAAUUUAACAAAGGGAGCCAAUAUUGAGUAAGAAAAUAAAAAUGAUGAAACAAAGACUUGACAGUGAUCUUAAGAAAAAAACUAUCAUCGAAAUUUUCCUUAUUACUGAUUUAAAAAAACAAACUUGUGCUUUUUAGUUUUAAGCCAUUGUUGGGCUAGUCCUAGUGCUGUCCACAAACUUUGGCCCUCAGUGGAUUAGGCCAGAACCUCAUGUUCUGUUAGAGCUUACCUUAUCACUCCACAAUGGUGGGUUCCCCAAGACAGUGCCCCUGUCAGAAGAGAUGAAACUCAUACAUUAAAGCUUUGCUGAUACUGUAGUUGUCUGAGGGAGACAUUGGAGGUAUCUGUACCAAGAAAAAAUACUAAAGGCCCUGAAAUCUCGUCCUGCCUUGUAGGAUCCAUUUACCUUUCACUAAUAAUGGAUAAAUUCCUUGUUCUUACCAGAUCUACUUUCAAUUCUUGCUCACAGCAUCCAGUGUAUUUUAGUACUUUGAAUGCUGUCUUAAAAUGAACAUUCUUUAAGGUUAGAUGGAAAGGUGGUCCUCUUUGUUUCUUAAUAUUUGGUAAGAUGACCAAAUUCACACUUAGUUGAAAAAUGAAGCAUGGGGACCAUUCAUAAUACAUUUUAAGAAAAUUAUAAGGGAUUCAGAAGAAAUUCAAUCUUUAUGACUAUCAAGCUGUAAUUGGAAGAGGUAAAAAAAUCUGCCUCAAUGAUAGUUUUUCUUAAAUGUGUUCCUGUUUGGGAGUCUUCUUAGCUAUGAAUUCAAGGGGGAAAAAUAGUUCCCUUUUUACUGUACAUUCCAAGUAUACACAUAAAACAUGGAAGAAAUCAGUAUGUAUUUUAAUAAUCAUUUGUGACAUACUUACACAUUUUUAAAAUAUUGAGUUUAUCAUUCCAGGACAGAAAGACCUAACUUCAAUUUUAAUUGAAGUUAACUAAUUUAUUUUAAUUUACAUUUCUGGGUUAAAAACUGUUCUGUAAAUUAAGAAGUCUAGUAACUUCUUUAUGGUAAAGGUACCUUUCUGAAAAGUAAACAAUUCUGUUGAAAUAACUUUACUAAUAUGUAGAUUUUGCACUUUAUUUUUGAGACCUCAUUCAUUUAGUUAUCCCAGAAAAUAUGGGCACUAAGAGAACUUAAGAAAGUUACUUGGUGAAUGGAUUCUGUAUCUUUGGCAACAAAGAAGUAAUGGUGAUGUUUUCAAUAGAAAAUACUGACUCUGGGUCACAAAACAGAGACUCUGUGACCCAAAGUUCCACAGUGUAAUGACUGUAAAUAUCCUAGUGUCCAGUCAAGAAAGACUUGCUAGGUGAAGAAUAGUAGACUUUCCCAAAGGUCUAGUUUAGGUCUUAUACCUUAAAGCUGGCCCUGGUGGGGCCUUUUUAAUUUGAACCAGCAAAGUACCUCCCCUCCCCUCAGGAAUAACUUAUUGAUUAAAAUAGAAAACUAUCACUGGAUGGAAUGUUCAUUUCAUGUCAGUUGCUUCAAGUUUUAAAAUACACAGAAGAAAACAUUGUGGGAGGACCUCUUUGUCUUUUUCCCAUAUAAGUUUGUCUUUUUCCUUUUUGUUUUUUUGUCCUUAUGAGGACUAAGUAAGGACUCUAAAACUAAUUUGUUUAUUAUAAACUAGUGGUGCAGGUGGCAGUCAGGCAAAAUAAUAGUGCUUGAAAAUCUGCACAUUUAUUCCAAGGCUGUAGGACUUGGAGUUGAAGAGAUGGUAGAAUGAAGCCAUCUAAAGACUGACUUUGGGGGAAUAAAACGUAUGUAGCCAAUGUUUAUAUUGUGGCCUUUCUGAAAACACAUUGGCACUGUAGAUUUCAGUCAGCACAGUGUGACCGUUUUGGAGUAGGUAACGUAAAAUAUUACAUUUUUAUUGUUUGAUUUGUAUCUGUAUAAAUGAGACAUUUCAUCAUGUAAAAUUCCUGUUAUCCUGGAAAAACCUGUCGUUUUGAUCUUGAAUUGUUUUCUGACUUAGAAUUACCCUUUCAAAAAACUUUUUAAGAUAGCUAGGGCUAAAAAGCACUCAUGAGAGGCUAAAGCUGACCCACAGGUUGAAAAUGUUGACCCUAUCCUGUUAUUUAAAUGUGAACAUUUAUUGUACAUUCAGUGAGUUAUAGUGUUAAUAGUCUUGUGCUACU